AUGGCUGGCAAGAAGAACAAGAAAGGUGCCGAUAAUAUCAAUGCCCGGCUCGCCCUGGUCAUGAAAUCCGGCAAGGUCACUUUGGGCACAAAGUCGACUAUGAAAUGA